UGGAGAGGUUAGCGCCAACUCCUUUGGUCUCCUUUCCGUUAACUCCAUCAUUCCCUAAGCUUACCUUCUUCAUUGCUUUAUAUAUAAGCCUCUUCCAGGCAGCCAUCUUCAUCACAGGCUCUACAUCUCCUUCUUCAAGCCUAGAAGAGUCUCUUAAAAACUCUCGUCUCUGCUUAUCGCUCUCCUAUAGUAGUCUGAAAAUGAAGAGCGGCGACUCGACCACCAUCAAUGUUCCUCCAGAGUCCAGCGCAGUUUCGAAGGGCAAAGCACCACUUCUUCCAGUGGCAGCUGGUCCGGCGAGCUCAGGAGGGUGGAAGAAAGGAAUUGCCAUAUUCGAUUUUAUCCUUAGGCUGUUCGCCAUGGUGGCUGCUCUAGCUGCCGCCGCUGCCAUGGGGACCAGUGACGAGACUCUCCCCCUCUUCACUCAGUUCUUCCAGUUCCAGGCCAGCUACGACGACCUCCCAACUUUCCAGUUCUUUGUGAUUGCGAUGGCUUUAGUUGCAGGAUACCUACUCCUCUCCCUUCCCUUCUCCAUAGUAACCAUAGUUCGACCAUUCGCAGCUGGGCCGAGGAUCCUCUUGUUGGUUCUGGACACGGUGGCGCUGACACUAACCACGGCAGCAGGGGGAGCGGCUGCAGCCAUAGUGUACCUAGCACAUAACGGCAACUCGAACACGAAUUGGAUGGCAAUCUGUCAGCAGUAUGGUGAUUUCUGCCAGAAAGUGAGCGGAGCGGUGGUGGGAUCGCUUAUCGCGGCAAUGCUCUUUGUGUUCCUGGUUGUUCUCUCUGCAAUGGCCCUUCGCAGGAUCUGAUGAUCCCCGGCCAAAGACAUUGAAGGGAAAGAAUAUUCACCAGUCCUAGUAACUUCAUUGUUUUCCCUUUCACAGUUCUUUUCCCCUCUUUUUCAAGUUGUCUUCUUAUCAUACCAAUGUCGUAAACAUCAUUUCAUAUUAAAAGCAAAGGAAAAUAUCAAAUAUUCCCUAGUUAUAAUA